AUUGAUUUUUGUUUGUUUGAUACGAAAAUCAGUUGUCAUCCGAAAAACACGGAUCACUCCAUCAGCUGAUGAUAUCAUCCAUCACUGGUAUUGUCAUACAAGUCAUCGACACAGAAGAAGAAGAGGAAGUGUUGUUUGUUUUUAUUGAUUGAUUUUUCCUGUGUUUACCAUUUAUUCGUCUUUUGGUUUUUUUAAAACAAAAUAUCAAAAUUGGUUUCUCAUAUCUGAUGACAAUCUGGUAUAUGAUAUAUCAUAAUCUAUGAUGAGAUGAAGUGAUACAAUUGAACGACCAGAUCAUUGCCGGUGAUUAUCAACCUGUCGAUCGACGUGUCAAUUGUGUGACCACUUUGUAUAUAUCAUAUCCUAUUUAUAUAUAUCUGCGGCCAGUUAUUCCUCAAAUGUGCGGUGCGGUCACAUCGAAAAACACAGAUAAGCCGAUUAUGGAUAACGAAGCCAAAGAUAACAAACCAAGCGAUCAAAAGCCUGCCCGACGGCCAUCGAUAACCAUAAACGAUGAUCUGACAGAUUUGGCGAGUUUAUCGAUAUCGCCGACCGAUACCACAGGCUGUGGCGGCAACGCUACCGGAUCUGGUCGGACAAAAGUGGCCCUAAAGCCCGGCCAUUCACUAAUGGAUUGGCUUAAACUGUGCGCCAAAACGCCUGAUCUCGCGGGAACUGGCGGCCAAUUACGAGCGGUGACUAUUGACGAGCUUUCCAAACACAAUACACUCGAAGAUUGUUGGUUAUGUAUUCGUGGAAAGGUAUACAAUGUGACCCCAUAUCUUGAGUUUCAUCCGGGAGGUGUCGAUGAAAUGAUGAGAGGCGCCGGAACCGAUGCCACCGAUUUGUUCAAUGAAAUACACCGAUACGUUAACUAUGAGUCGAUGCUGAAGAAAUGUUUUAUCGGACCGCUGGCUAUUGACUGAUGAAACCAUUUGGUUGACCAUUGGAUUCAUCCGAUAGAUAGUUAUAUAAUCUAUAAUAAUGUUAUUGUGUUUAUUGUUUUCCAGAGAAUUGUUUUUUUUGUUAUAUUAUAAUACUAUAUAACUUUAUAUA